AUCAGUCAUGUUGGACCACAUGUGUAAAUGCUGAAUCGUUGUCCGUUCUGUAGGUGGCUUCUGGAGUGUUGCAUUUUUAAAAAAUUGUUAUAUUAAUUUUUAGGGGUGUCUGAAUACCGGUAAAACCUCACGAAAUCUCGUCGUUGAGAAUGAAAUUUGCAUAUAAAUUUUCAAAUUUACUUGGAACAGUAUAUCGGCAAGGCAACCUUAAUUUUUGUAAAGAUGGUAACUCGGUCAUUAGUCCAGUGGGAAACAGAAUCUCUAUCUUUGACUUCAAAAAUAACAGGUCAGAGACCUUGCCAGUGGCUACAACAAAGAAUAUCACUUGUGUGGGACUUUCACCAGAUGGAAACCUUGCUAUUUUGGUAGAUGAAGAUGGAGCAGCAUUGCUGGUCAGCCUGGUCACUAGAGAAGUUCUGCACCACUUCCAUUUCCACAAGCCUGUUCACUGCGUUAGCUUCUCACCUGAUGGCAGGAAAUUUGUUGUCACAAAAGAUAACAUGGCACUAAUGUACCAUGCACCUGGAAAAAGGAGAGAGUUCAAUGCCUUUGUCCUUGACAAGAGUUAUUAUGGGCCUUAUGAUGAGACUACAUGCAUUGACUGGACAGAUGAUUCCAAAUGUUUUGUUGUUGGGAGCAAAGACAUGUCUACCUGGGUGUUUGGAGCAGAGCGCUGGGAAAACCUGGUGUACUACAGCCUUGGAGGACACAAGGAUGUCAUAGUAGGAUGCUUCUUUGAAGCCUACAGCUUGGAUCUGUACACGGUGAGCCAGGAUGGGGCACUGUGUGUCUGGGAAUGUGACACUGGUCUGGAGGAGCUGCUACCUCGACCUUCCAAAAAAGCAGUGCAAGUAGACGAGGAGGAGGUGGAUGGGGAAUUCCAGGGCUCUGCGGAUAGGAAGAAGCCGGAAAACAGCAAGUGUGUCAGAUACAAGAGGAGAGGCAAGUAUUUUUUCAAUAAGGAAGGUGAUUUCAACAAUCUGACUGCUGCUGCUUUCCACAAGAAGACCCAUCUUUUAGUGACAGGCUUCACUUCUGGGAUCUUCCAUCUUCACGAGCUGCCAGAGUUUAACCUCAUCCAUUCGCUCAGUAUUUCAGACCAAAGGAUUUUAUCAGUAUCCAUCAGUGACAUUGGCGACUUGAUAGCUUUUGGCUGUGCAGGUCUUGGGCAGCUGCUGGUUUGGGAAUGGCAGAGUGAGUCUUACGUUCUCAAGCAGCAGGGUCAUUUCAAUAACUUGGUGUCUCUGGUGUAUUCACCAGAUGGACAGUAUAUUGUCACAGGAGGAGACGACGGAAAGGUGAAAGUGUGGAAUACGAACAGUGGCUUCUGUUUUGUGACGUUCACUGAGCACACCAGCAGUGUCACAGAGGUGGCAUUUGCUUCUAGUGGCUUUGUGAUAGUAAGCGCUUCGCUGGAUGGCACUGUCAGAGCAUUCGAUCUGCACAGAUACCGUAAUUUCCGUACAUUCACUUCACCUCGGCCUACCCAGUUCUCCUGCUUGGCAUUGGACAGCAGUGGGGAGAUUGUGAGUUCGGGAUCCCAGGAUUCCUUUGAAGUGUUUGUGUGGUCAAUGCAGACGGGACGGCUACUGGAAGUUCUGGCAGGACAUGAAGGACCUAUCAGCAGUUUGUGUUUUAACCCUGUACAGUCCAUCCUAGCCAGCACCUCCUGGGAUAAAACUGUAAAGCUGUGGGACAUGUGUGACAGCUGGAAGACUAAAGAAACAUUGCAGCUAACCUCUGAUGUCUUGGUGGCAACAUACCGGGCAGAUGGGAAAGAGCUGGCAGUGGCAACACUGGAUGGUGAGAUCACAUUUUGGGACCCUCAGAAUGCAGUGCAGACUGGUUCCAUCAGUGGGAAACAUGACCUUCAGAUGGGCAGGAAUGAAAUGGAGAAGAUCACUGCCAAGCAGGCAGCCAAGGGCAAGUCUUUCACUACUCUGUGCUACUCUGCUGAUGGCCUCUCCAUCCUGGCUGGUGGCCAGUCCAAGUUUGUCUGCAUUUACAACAUCAAGGAGCAGGUUCUCAUGAAGAAGUUUGAAAUCUCAUUGAAUCUUUCCUUGGAUGCAAUGGAGGAGUACUUGGAUCGUCGGACGAUGACGGAGUUAGGGAGCUUAGCUGUAGUUGAUGAAGCUGAGGGGGAGGCACCUCUCAGACUCCCUGGAAUGAGGAAAGGUGAAAUGAGCUCUCGACAUUUCAAGCCUGAGAUUCGUGUCAGCUGCCUUCGCUUCUCUCCCACUGGACGCAGCUGGGCAGCAACUUCCACUGAAGGUCUGCUGAUCUACUCUCUGGACAGUGCAAUGGUGUUUGAUCCCUUUGACCUGGAUAUAGAUGUCACUCCAAGUAGUGUUCGCCAGCAGCUGAGCUUGCAUUCUUACAUGACCGCCAUUGUAUUGGCCUUCCGCCUCAAUGAGAGGAAACUCACCCUGGAAGUCCUGGAGGCUGUCCCCCAUAACGAGAUCAGUGUGGUGUGCAACUCACUACCCGGUGUAUAUGUAGAGAAGCUGAUGCAUUUUGUGGCCACUGCCUUGGAAAACUCACGCCAUCUGCAGUUUUUCUUAACCUGGGCUGAGUGUCUCCUUUCUUUCCAUGGACAGAACCUGAAGACCAGAUCAGGAUCAAUAUUGCCAGUAAUUCAGUCCCUACAGAGGAGUAUUCAGAUGCACUUUGAGGACCUGUCCAAACUCUGUGACUGGAAUCAGUAUAAUAUCAAGUAUGCUUUGGCUCUAUCAAAGCAGCGUGGCAUCAAGAGGCUGGCUUCAGAGUCCAUCAAUGAAGAUGAUGGGUCAGAGGGAUUAGAAUCAGUAAGAGACCAAUCUUUUGAAGAGGCUGACAUAGAUAUGUAAGAAUUGAGUUAUUGAUUAUACAUAUACAAUACCAAUAUACCAACUGGCACACAUUUUAAUCUUUGCUUUUUGGUAAACUGGGAUGUACACCAUUUUUUGUGUAGAGUGCUUUGUGUGUAUGUAUACAGAAUAGACAGGAGAUCUUGGAGCAGAAGGUACCCCCUGUAAAAGAUUCACAGAAGAGUUUCAGCUGAAGCACCAGAAUUUGUAUAACACUGACAUUUUGACAGUUCAUCUUAUGCUGAAGAAUUAUGUUGUUUUAGAGAAUUUAUUAAAUGUUUUAAUGCUAAUGUUUGAACUGAAAUUAAAACAAUUAUACAACCCUUA